AGCUUUUUUUUUCUGUCUCUUCGCUUCUCCAAAAAUCACAUUUUUUUUUUCUCUCUACGGUUUGUCAACUCUCCCGUCUUUUAAUUUCCUAAAUUCAGAAAACCCAUCGAAAGAUUCGAUCUACUGCUGACACAUUCCAUAACCCAAUUAAAAAAAUUUGAGAUUUCCCAGGAAAAUUUUCGAUUUUUUUUUUCUUCUGGGGAAUUAGGGUUUCGUUUGCCGGAGAAAUUCCAGAGCCGUAGCUUUUAUUUUAUGGUUUUGAUUCCCAUCCAAGACCCAUCACCUUUAUCAUAUUCGCUUUCGAUUCAUCUAUUAAUUUUGUCCCAAUCGCUCCUUUUCGCUCCAUCGAGCGAGAAAUCCGACACGCGGAAGCCAUGAGAGUCCAUCCUCUGCCCAGGAAGCGGAACAACAUCCUGACCUAUCACGGUGCUCGCGACUCGAAUCCCCGAGAUCCGGUCAAGAAGCUCCGGCGUUUGCCCCAUAUCUUCAGCCGGGUCCUGGAGCUUCCCUUCAGGUCCGACGCUGACGUGGCGGUGGAGGAGAUGCCCGACUGCUUCAAGUUCUCGGCGGAGACCGACGGCUUCCCGGUAGGAGUCGGCGGAGGAGUGAUGGCCCACAUGGUGGAGAUCCAUCCCGGUGUGAUGAAGAUCGUCGUCAGGGCAAACGGAUCGUUGUCGUGUCUGGGUUCGUCGUUGUUGGACGAGCUUGAGCUCGACGUGUGGCGAUUUCGGUUGCCUGAGACGACUAGGCCCGAGCUCGUGACCGUUGCCUGCGAGGACGGAGAGCUGAUAGUGACGGUGCCUAAGACGGCGGAGAAUUCGCCGGAGGAGGAGGAAGACGAUGGAGAUUUCGGUGGAGGUAUGGGAAGUAGCAGGCUAAUUCUUGUACAGUAACGCGUUAUUGGGUUUCCUCGUUGAUGGUUCUUAUUCUCUGUACGAUGUUUAGUUCUCGUCCGAUUUAAGAUAUGCCGGGGGGUUUCGAUGUUUCC